CGGAUAUAACCGAAAAUGCCAAGUCUCAUUGUUUCAGCUACUCAACACUGCCAUUCUCACUCAAAUCCCCUACAAUGGCUCGUUUGGCAGACAUAAAUGGAGUCUCCAAAACUCUACCAGCCCUUCCAAAACUUCCCAACCUUCAAAGGGUCCCAAAGAGAGUGAAAAUAGUUGGGCUUCUGGGCAAGAAAACAGAGGAUCUUCAAGAACACCCAUUACAAAUCACAAGAAGAUUAGCAGUAGGCCUUGCCUCCAUAGCUCUUACAGCAAAUUCUACCAACGGGAUAUCUCUGGCAAAGGAUAAUGGGUUCUGGAUCGAUGGCCCUUUACCUGUGCCUCCUGUCUAUAACAAUAUUGCGAAUGAGAAGACGGGUACUCGUUCUUUUUUGAAGAAAGGAAUCUAUAUGGCAAAUAUUGGAAUCAAAGGUAGUGCAUACAGGCUGAGGAAGUAUGCAUUUGAUCUAACAGCAAUGACAGAUUUGGUAGGGCAAGAUACAUUAAACUAUGUCAGGAGGUAUCUACGGCUCAAGUCCACCUUUAUUUACUAUGAUUUCGACAAAGUGAUCUCAGCCGCACCAGUAAACGAAAAGCAACCCCUGACUGAUCUGGCUAAUAGAUUGUUCGACAGCUUCGAAAAGCUUGAAGACGCUGCAAAGAAGAAAAAUCUGCCUCAGACAGAAUCUUGUUAUCGGGACACAACAAUUUUACUCCAAGAGGUCAUGGAAAGAUUUGCUUAAUCUGCAUCAUCUGCUGGUCUGGUUUAAACAAAACCAAUGUACUCAAUUUCGAAGUAUUAUAAAACAAAUUAGGUUACACAUUGCUAUACAA